UUCCGGAGGCUGGCGCAUGCGCACUCUGACCCGCGCUUUGUUGCGAAAGGGAGGGGGGAGGUCCUGCGGUCCUCGCGCGCCGCGCGACAGGACGCGGCGGGCGGGGCGGAGGAUGGAGGCGGUAGCGUCCGCUGCAACGGUUGGGGCUGCGCGUGAGAAGGUGGAGGUGUAGGCACCUGAGCUGGAGGAAGCCGGCGGCGGCCAGGCCAUGGCGGGAGACCCUUUCCUUUGGGGUCCUUGAGGUGCGCUCCCAGAAGUCCUGGGGAGCCGUGGCCCAUGGGCUCGCUGAGCAGCCGAGUGCUGCGCCACCCGGGGCGAGCCCGAGCCCCGCAAGAGCAGGGUUCUGCGCCGGGGGGCUCGGCCCGGCGGCCCGAGACUGGAGGCGACGCGACGGGCCACAGCUUCUGUUACUGCCCCAGCAGCCGCAAGCGCAAGCGAAGCAGCGGGGCCUUCUGCUACUGUCACCCUGACUCUGAGACAGAGGAGGAUGAGGAGGAAGGGGACGAGCAGCAGCGGCUUCUCAACACCCCUCGAAGGAAAAAAUUAAAGAGUACAUCCAAAUAUAUUUAUCAAACAUUAUUUUUGAAUGGUGAAAAUAGUGACAUUAAGAUUUGUGCUCUAGGAGAAGAAUGGAGCUUACACAAAAUAUAUUUAUGUCAAUCUGGUUACUUUUCUAGUAUGUUCAGUGGUUCUUGGAAAGAAUCCAGCAUGAAUAUUAUUGAACUGGAGAUUCCUGACCAGAAUAUUGAUAUAGAAGCACUGCAAGUUGCAUUUGGUUCCCUGUAUCGAGAUGAUGUCUUAAUAAAGCCCAGUCGAGUUAUUGCCAUUCUGGCAGCAGCUUGUAUGCUGCAACUGGAUGGUUUAAUACAGCAGUGUGGUGAGACAAUGAAGGAAACAAUUAAUGUGAAAACUGUAUGUGGCUAUUACACAUCAGCAGGGACCUAUGGAUUAGAUUCUGUAAAGAAAAAGUGUCUUGAGUGGCUUCUAAACAAUUUGAUGACACACCAGAAUGUGGAACUUUUUAAAGAGCUCAGCAUAAAUGUCAUGAAACAGCUUAUUGGUUCAUCUAACUUGUUUGUGAUGCAGGUGGAAAUGGAUGUAUACACAGCUCUAAAAAAGUGGAUGUUCCUUCAACUUGUGCCUUCGUGGAAUGGGUCUUUAAAACAGCUUUUGACAGAAACUGAUGUCUGGUUUUCUAAGCGGAAAAAAGAUUUUGAAGGUAUGACCUUCCUCGAAACUGAGCAAGGAAAACCAUUUGUGCCAGUAUUCAGACAUUUAAGGUUACAGUAUAUUAUUAGUGAUCUGGCUUCUGCAAGAAUUAUUGAACAAGAUUCUCUAGUACCUUCAGAAUGGCUAUCUUCUGUGUAUAAACAGCAGUGGCUUGCUAUGCUCCGGGCAGAACAAGACAGCGAAAUGGGGCCUCAAGAAAUCAAUAAAGAAGAACUAGAGGGAAAUAGCAUGAGGUGUGGUAGAAAGCUUGCCAAAGAUGGUGAAUACUGCUGGCGAUGGACAGGUUUUAACUUCGGCUUUGAUCUACUAGUAACUUAUACUAAUCGAUACAUCAUUUUCAAACGCAAUACACUGAAUCAGCCAUGUAGUGGAUCUGUCAGUUUACAGCCUCGAAGGAGCAUAGCAUUUAGAUUACGCUUGGCUUCUUUUGAUAGUAGUGGAAAACUAAUAUGUAGUAGGACAACUGGCUAUCAAAUACUUACACUUGAAAAGGAUCAGGAACAAGUGGUGAUGAACUUGGACAGCAGGCUUCUGAUCUUCCCUUUAUAUAUAUGCUGUAACUUCUUGUAUAUAUCGCCAGAAAAAAGAACUGAAAGUAAUCGUCAUCCAGAAAAUCCAGAAAACUGAGAUCUCAUCAGUUGGAAACAGUAGCACUUUGAAAACUUUUUAGGCCAGUUUUAAUUUAAUGGUCCUACUGAUAAUCACUUCUAAGGUGACUAACAAUGACAAAGGCCUUAUGAACUGUACAGACAAUACAGAAGAUUAUUCUUAUCUUCAUUACAUUUCUAUGCAUAUAUGAAAAACAUUUUAAAGCCAAGAAAAUAUCGGUCAAACCAUUUGUUAUAAUAAAGAUGUCAAUUCAUGCUUUAUUAACUUAGCGUCAGUAGAAAAUUGCUAUAGGUAAAUUUCAUAUGCCUCUGCAACAAAAUAUAGAUUUAAUUUUUAACUGAAACUUUGUUAGUGAACCUUAGUUAUGUUAGUGAACUUUAGUUAUCCAAAGCAAAUUUUUUAUUUGGCUAAAAGAAUGCUAAAGGAAUACUUUGGCCAAUUACAACUAUUUUUUCAGUUGGUGCAUUUAAAGCUGUCCUUUUAAUUUUUUCACCUGCUUAUUAUGAUUCCUCCUUUUAGUGUAAUACCUUUCCAGUAUAUACUUGUUUUUAAUCAUUAAAUACUUUUUCUAUGGUUUCAGAGACCAAGCUGAGGAAUUUUUUUUUAAACUUAAGCAUUUUCAUAUUUUCUUUUAAUUUUCUGGGAAUUUUAACAACAAAAAUCAGCUUCAGACCUACAAGUGAACUUGAAUGAGGGAAAAAUCAGUUUGAUUCUGAGCAUAUUUCUUACAUGGUCUUUGACAUUCUGUACACUUUUCUUUUAGGUUAUGAAUUAUUUAUGUACCAGAAUUAUACUUUUAAACAUUGUAAUAUUCUCUAUGUUUAAAAUUAUUUAUGUUCACAUUUUAGUUGGGAAUUCUGUUUCCUACUUAAGCUCAGGACUUUAUAACCUCUGAAUUGAGUGCCUUUAAGUUAUACAUACUAGUAGAAAUUUCAUAGUACAUGUAAAUAAGGUCAGAGGAUUUAAUCCAGAAGCUGAUAAUAAAGCAUUGAUAUAAAAAUGGAACUUAUUUUUGUCAAAUGAGAUGUAUACUUGUCAUGACUUAUAUAUGUUGGCUUCUUAUGUUUAUUACUAUUUUGAAAAUACCCAUGUUCAUUUUCUUUCUAGUCAGAGUAAGUACUUCUGUAGUUAUUUUUUUUUUUAAAAUAGGAAUCAUUUUAUGUGUCUAUGAAAGUAACAAAUGCUCAUUUGGAAAAAGAA